AUGGGACGGCCAUUAUGGUCUCAGACGAAACCUCAUCCGGCAGAGCCUUCAAGCGACCCACCUCCUGAAGAUUGGACAUCGACGCCUUGGCCAUCAUUGAUCACCCCGUCCUCGUCAACCAAAAACCUACCCCUAGUCACACAAAUCCCGAGCGCUCGAUGGAAAGAGGUCUUCUUGAUUCCAACUCUUGCCAAUCCAUCUUCUGCUCCCCUCACCUCAACCACCUCCACCACCUCCUCCGACCCUACUACCUCAACCAACGAUGCCCUCGGUCUCAGAACACUCGACCUCAACGAUCCAACCGCCACCCUCCCAAACUGCUCUUCCUCUCCCUGCCAGCCGCCCCUCCCGGCGCCUAUAUCCCAGUUAAUGAGGAUGAUGACUCCUUUGAUCACCCCACUCAACGCCUCCUCCUCCUCUUCCACCAAGGCCUGGGUCUUCUUACACCCCCUAUCCUCAACUAACUCGAAGCAGUUCCAAUCGCUACAAUCCCAUCCCGUGUUCACCCAUGCGUGGCUCCUUGCCCGGGCUCUGGAACAAAUCUUUGAGGACCUCGAGACGCUGGGCAGUACGACUAUCACCCUUGACCAUCAGCUUAACCUCGACCUCCUUCUUCUGCACGAGUCAUUGGAUAGAAAUUCGGUCCCUGAAAAUUGGUUGUUGUCCAAUAGCGUCAAAAAUCGCUUGCCCAAAACUGGCAAUCAGGAUCGGUUCGCUCAUUUGGAAUCUUGGAAGAGUCUGUUGCUCCUCGAGGAUCCUCAAGUCUUGAUCAAACAAACUGCAACUGGAAGUCUCCUUGGCCCACCUUGA